ACUGUUUCAACGAGUAGCGGGCUAUUGGGCUACCCGAAAAUAAUAAAAGCCCAUCACAAUUUCAUCGGCAACAAAACCCUAAUUUUUCCACUUUCAAUCCGAGACAGAGAGAAGAAAUCCUUCACCAUUUCAGCGUCUCCGUUCUACAAUGGCCACUAUACCUGUUAAUCCCAAACCCUUUUUGAACAAUUUGACUGGGAAGCCUGUUAUUGUGAAACUAAAAUGGGGAAUGGAGUACAAAGGUUAUCUUGUAUCAGUUGAUUCGUAUAUGAACUUGCAGCUGGCCAACACUGAAGAGUACAUUGAGGGAUCAUUUACUGGAAAUUUAGGAGAGAUUUUGAUCAGAUGCAACAAUGUUCUCUACCUUCGUGGUGUACCAGAAGAUGAAGAAAUUGAAGAUGCUGCAGAAGACUAGAAUGAAAAAAAUCAGCUAACUGUUAUGGGCAUAAAUAGAACUCAAUUUGUUUUUACUGUUAUUGUAUCUUCACCUAAAAGCAGGCGUUUAUCUUUGUGUAGUUAUGUGUAGAGAUUUGAAUCAAUGAUUCCCUUGAUGUUGGCGUGAUUCAACGGAAAUCUGAUGUUGUUUAGACUCUUUUUGAAGUAACAUAUAGUUUUAUGUGGAUUUUAAAGAAUA